AUGAUACGGCAAAGCUCCAAACCCGCCGGGGAACAGCAACCGCGCGGGGUUGCCCAGAAGCCCAAGGCGUCCAAACCCUGUUGGAUAUCGGGGACCGCAGCGGAGGAGCCCACUGGCGACUCGGACAGCUCAGAUAUGAGGGAGGGGUUUUCAGACCCCUUGCAGAAAGAACCGGUCGAGGUCUUGGCAGCCGUCCGCGGGGAGCUCAGCAGCAGGGCCCGCUGCUGCAGCGCUGCUUGGAGUUCUGGGACGUGCAUUGAGUCGAGGACCCCGCGUCCUCCUCCAUCUCCGAAGACUGACGUUCUCGCAGCCGUCAUGGAAGCGACGGCAACCGCAGCCACCCGGGUCGCUCCCCCUUCCGCCGCUGUGACAGCCCCCAGGGGUGCCGCGGCAACUAAACAGGCCACUAGGCCGUCAUCGGCAGAUACGCAUGUAGAAGGAAACCUCGAAAUAUCCCCAAUCAAUUGGGAUUACCAUAACGAGUUCAUACCAGAUGCGUCGGUCGCCGGCGCGUGGGACUUCAACCACCUCAGCGAUGAGGUCGUGGAAGCUGACUUCACAGACGCUGCGACCUACCGCCUCAUAGUCAGCAGCUUGCCGACGUGCAGCAAUAAUAUCAAGCAGCUGCGCGCUUUCCGCGACAACGUGACGCGCAAGCUUGCACCGACGAUCGCUCGCGCGAUGGCAAGCCCAUCACCGGAGGGCAUCCUUCUGCCAGCCGAGAAGGCGAACGGCGCACGACCCACCAUCGUCAGGAUCCAGGAAAUGGCCAUCGUUGACGGUCAUGCCGCAAGCCGGCUAGGGCCCCGCUUUCUGGUUCAGCCCCGCAGAACUUCACCCCCCUGCGCCUCCACCGUGACCGCAGCCCCUCCCGCCGUCCCCGCCACCGCCGCUGCUGCUACUGCCGCUGCGAUUGCUGCAACCAUGGUUUCGGAUCUUGGAGGCGCCCCAGGGUUCUGCCAGGACGAAACAAUGAAACAAGAGGAGCCUGUGGCACCGCACGACUCCACGCCGGAUGAGUCGGCUGCACAGUCAGUGUCCGUACGUCUCGAUGUACGACAGAACGUACUGCACCACUGCAUAUCUUCCGGGCCAUCCGCGUCGAUUUCGGAGGCGUGGCUGCCUUCAACGCCGGCAUCCGUUAGCGUCGUUAGCUCCUCAAUCACGCGCCCGGAGGCUCUCAGGCUCUCAGGCCCGGAGGCUGUGUUCCUCUCACCCGCGGAAUGA